AUGGCCCGGGGGCUAUCGAUUGGGUGGAAGCCGGCGGAUCAGAAGAAACCGACGCAGCCGCACCCGCAGCCGCAGCCGCAGCCGCAGCCGCAGUCGCAUCCGCAGCAGCAGCAGCGGCAAGAGGCGGACGGAGGAGCAGCGACGACAGGCGAUGGAGGGGCGAUAGGCGUAGGAGCAUCAGGGGGAGGGGGAGGGGGAGGGGAAGGGUUUGCAAGUUCAACGGGCCAGGGUGACAAGGCAGCAGGGGACGGGCUCAGUAUUGACACUACCGCAGCAGCUGCAACAGCCGCAGGUAAUUCCGAUAAGCGCCCCAGCACCAGUAGCGCUAUCCACACUCCCAGAGGGGGUAACAAGGCAAUUCGCCCCAGCAGCAGCGCGGGCGUACUCAGUAUUACCCCUUCUGGCACCGGGCCGAAGAAUUUUAGCCGGAGCAUGUCUGUGAUUGGUGGAGGGCGGGCGGGGGAGACGCGGGAUUGGAAGAGAAAGGAGGCGCUGGAACGGCAGUGGGCUGAGUGUGAGUUAAAAUUAGGGUCCGGUUGGGAGGAGACGGUGGGGAUGAUUGCAGAGGAGGCUGCUGAUGUGGCGGGAACGGAGACGGGGGAGGGGGGGGAGGAGGAGGUGGGGAAGGGAGGGGCGGAAGGGGAGGCUGGGUCCGCGGGUGUGAGUGUAGCGGGUGUGACUGAAGGAGGGAUGGCGGUAGAGAAUGUGGUUGUAGGCAGUGAGAGUGGCGAUGCUGUGACUGAUGGUAGUGGGGCUACUGCUGCUGCUGCUGCAGCUGGUGCUGUGGGUGCGGGCGGAACAGCAGAGGCAGUAAUAGGAGCAGAGCAGAAGACGGAGGGACAGGUAGCAGGCAAAGAGAAGGGAGCGAAGCAGGGAGGGGACGAGGCGACUGCUGCUGCACCCAAGCUAUGGAGAAUGUGGAGCAAGGAGAAGGAGAAAGACAGGGAUACCCCUCAGCAGCAGCCGUCGCCACAGCAGCAGGGAGAGCAAGGAAAGAAGGGGCGCCACUGGUCUCUUCGCUCCACGAAAUCAUCUGCAGCAGCAAAGCCCUCAAUCCCAUCCCUCAACCUCCCCCACGCGGCCUCCGAGGGAAGCCUCGGCGCUGGCGCCAGCAACAGUGGCACCACCCGUAGAAGCAGCGUUGACAGUGCUGGCGCUGGUGGUACUCCGUCCACCACCCUGGGUGCUGCUGGUGGUCGUCAGAACAAGCCUCUUCAAAAGCAGCCGCGGCGAAGCUGA